UCUCCUCCGGACCUGCUCCAGGAUUUAUUUAAUUCUUAUGAAACUUCGCUACUAGCCGGAGCGCUCCUCCCAUGGUGUCCCCGGGAGACUCCCCGGCCUGUACUCGACUUUACGGAAACAAUCGGCGACCGUGUGGGGGUCUUGGAAAUCAUGGAAACGUGGUUCUUGAAUCCGGUCCUCUGUGUGUCUCUGUCGGUGCUCCUGCUGGGUCUGCCGGGGCCCCUCGGGGCAGGUUCCCCCACCAUCAACAGCACGGGUCCGGUCACGGCAGGAUUUUCUUAUUCAACCGCCACAGAUGAACUCAGGAACAUGAAAAGCAAUGAAACGUCAACCUCACACUCCAGCGAGAGUUUAUCCCCAUCACAGAGGAACGUCCUGCUCACACACACCGCUGAGGCUCACGCUGCUGCUGCUGCUGUCGACACUGAACGGAUAACAACCUUCACGGAAACAAGCAGCGGGUCACUAGAGGACGUUAGUCAGUCUACUGAACCACUGACCUCCACCUUAGCUGUAGCCACGACUGAAAGCAGUAGUAGUAGUAGUAGUAGUAGUAGCGACAGCAGUAGUAUUAGUAGCAGCAGUAGUAGCAGUAGUAUCAGUAGUAGUGGUAGUAGUAGUCGUAGUAGUAGUAGUAGUAUCAGUAGUGGUAGUCGUAGUAUUAGUAGUACUAGUGGUAGUAGUGGUGGUAGUAGUAGUAGUAGUACUACUAGUGGUAGUAGUAGUAUUAGUAUUACUAGUGGUAGUAGUGGUGGUAGUAGUACUAGUGGUAGUAGUGGUGGUAGUAGUAGUAGUAGUAGUAGUACUACUAGUGGUAGUAGUAGUAUUAGUAGUACUAGUGGUAGUGGUGGUAGUAGUAGUAGUAGUACUACUAGUGGUAGUAGUAGUAUUAGUAGUACUAGUGGUAGUAGUGGUGGUGGUAGUAGUAGUAGUAGUAGUAGUACUACUAGUGGUAGUAGUAGUAUUAGUAGUACUAGUGGUAGUAGUGGUGGUAGUAGUAGUAGUAGCAGUAGCAGUAGCAGCAGGGACCAAAAGAACAUGACAAACACAGACCAGGUCUCGGACUCCUCCCCUGCUGGGUCCUGGGAGGCUACUUCGUGGAUGUCGACAGAGGAGGCCAGACUCCUCCAGGACAGCCCACACACCACCCUCCAGCUCGGAGAUGCCGUCCACACCGACACCUCCACCACCAUCAGCCGCGCCGGGGAGAGGACCCUGCUGUCCGUCACCUCCUCUUCCAGCAACAGCACCUCCUCCGCCUUUACAGAGGACUCCAACUCCCAUCAGCCCCCCUCCACCUGGGGUGUUCCUGCUCGGUCUACAGAGACUGAGGACUAUACCCAGAGCUCCCCGUCCACAAGGACCGACAGACGGGAAACAACAGACCAACACAUGACCCACUCCUUUAAGGGGCUAUUUCCAGAGACGGGGAGCACAGGGGGGUCCCGAGGAACCCAAAGUUUAACCGGACAACCUAAUGCAAGCCAUCGUCAAUACACCUCCACAUCAGAGGAGACCUCAGACUCAACACCACCUCUCAGAGUGACUGAGCCCAGCACUGACCAAUCCACAGUGUCCUUUACCUCCAUAGCUACUGUCACCUCACCUGCACAAGGCCCCACUGACAUCUCAGGGACGGAGCAGGGGUCGGCCUCGAGUGUCACAACCUCCACUGAGGCCUCCACCAUCGCUCACAGAUCCAGCACUCAGAACCAGGAGGGUACUGAGGGGGUUUCAUCCCCGACCAGUGGGGACAGCGUGGGCGUGGGUCUGUCCACAGCGACACCGACAGUCAGCAGCAGUCCGUCUGAAGCAGACGCCUCUCUGACGGACACACCGGUGAUGGUUACUGAGGUCUUCCUCACCAGCACACCUGUCACUGUGACUGAAAGAUCACAGAUAACAGAGGAAGACCCUUUCAAAGCCACUGCGUCCACCACCACCAAUGCCACCACCACCACCAACCCCACCACCACCAACCCCACCACCACCACCACCACCAACCCCACCACCACCACCACCACCAACCCCACCACCCCUCCUCUCGUAGCUGCAACCUCACCCUCCAUGUUUAUCAGCUCCGCUCGCAGCUCCACCCCAGGGUCACCUACCGAGGCCACCAUCCCGCACACGACAUCCUCCUCCACAUCCUCCACCUUGGCCCUUCUGACCUCUGCAGCGCAGCAUACUCGCCACUCGUCACCCAGCCAAACUCCGGAGCCCCCAACUCGGACGGCUAACCCCACAAACGCCACCGAGCUGCAGACAGAAACAAGCUCAGGCACUUCAGGAAUCGCCACGACUCGUCGCCCUCACGUCACCGCCACCUCCACCCGCAUCGCCUCAACCAAAAGUACGGCGCAGCUGCAGACCACAGGGAGACAGACGGAGAGAGGAACGACAGAGCUGGUGGGCACGCCACCACCCACCAAGGCACCAGCACCCCCAAGAGACGCUUGUGUGUCCAACCCUUGUAUGAACGGAGGGAUGUGUGUGAGCUAUAAGGGGCAUCAAUUCACCUGCCGCUGUCAGCAGGCAUGGACAGGGCCGACCUGCAACCAGGAUGUGGACGAGUGUGAGAGGGAUCCCUGCCCCGUCGGGUCCAGGUGUGUCAACACACGAGGUUCCUUUAGCUGUGAAUGUCCGCUCGGGUUCGACCUGCAGGAUGGACGCACGUGCACCAGAGCAAAGGCGUUUCUGGGAACUUUCAGUGUUGACAGACUGCCUCAUGACCCUGUUAUCUUCAAGAGCGCCACCAUGCAUGAGAUCCAGAGAGAGAUCAUCCAGCUGCUCAAUGCUUCUUUGUCAGUCCUCCGAGGAUACAGCCGCUCAACGCUGAUGAAGAAAGGAGAGGACGGGGUUCGUAUCUCAGCUGUCAAUAUGUUUUCCAUUACCACUGAUGUGACGAGCACAGAGGUCUACAACAGCAUCCAGAUGUCGCUCAGCAACUGCAGCUCCGCAGUGGCCCACUGCCGGAUGGUCCUGCACCACCAGCUCAGUUACCACGUGGAAAGUCUGUGUGUGGCCCAGAGGACUCAGUGUGAUGCAGAGCGCUCCACCUGCACCGACAACAGCGGCACAGCCAACUGCCGGUGUCUGCAAGGUUACUACAAACACGACCCCGAUGACCUGUCCUGCUUAGAAUGUGGCGAUGGCUACAAGCUGGAAAAUGGCACCUGUGUUUCGUGCAUGUUUGGAUUUGGGGGAUUCAACUGUGGAAACUUUUACAAGCUGAUCGCGAUCGUGGUGUCACCUGCAGGAGGCGCUCUGCUCCUCAUGCUCAUCAUUGCUCUCAUUGUCACCUGUUGCAAGAAAGACAAGAAUGACAUCAACAAGAUCAUCUUCAAGAGUGGAGACCUGCAGAUGUCCCCAUACACAGACUUCCCCAAAAAUAACCGCAUCUCCACGGAGUGGGGCAGGGAGACCAUCGAGAUGCAAGAGAACGGCAGCACCAAGAACCUGCUGCAGAUGACGGACAUUUACUACUCUCCUGCGUUGCGGAACUCAGACCUUGAGAGAAACGGCCUGUAUCCGUUCACGGGUCUGCCGGGCUCUCGCCAUUCGUGCAUCUACCCCGCCCAGUGGAACCCCUCCUUCAUCAGUGACGAUUCACGAAGACGAGACUACUUCUAACUAACCUUAAAAAAACACAGACAUACACACACACACACAUACACAUACACAUAAACUUACUGUCUCUUAAAUUAUAAAUUGUGUGAUCUGAUAUGAUAGAUAGAUAGAUAGAUAUAUACUUUAUUAAUCCCCAAGGGGAAAUUUGUCGUGACAGUAGCAGCAACACACAAGAAUAAAAAACAAAACGCAAAAUAUAAGAAACAGGGAUGAAAGAUAUAGAAGUAUACAAGUAAGAUAAAAGUAAAAUACAAAACAUGUUACACUUGAUGUCACACUUAGAGCCCAGUUGAUCAUCUGUAGGGCUGCACACUUAACUAUGUAAAUGCUGGUGUGUGCGUGUGCGCGUGGGCGUUUUAUGUAAGUGCAACUUUUUUGCAAGUAAAAUGUUUCCCUCGUGUCAUUGUGUGACCAUUUCAGUAUUUUGCAUGUUUUAGCUCAUUUACUUUAUCUCACACAUUGUGUUGCUGCUGUGUUGACAGUUUAAUUUGUUUUGUCAUGCCUCACAGGCGGCUGCUGACUCACUUCCUCACCGUGGGAUGAAAAGCAAUAUGCAGACGCUCUAAACGUGCUUGAGGUAGAUUUUUCCUGAAAGUAAACAAUCCGAUUUGCUCCCUGAUGACGCAGUGCAGAUCUGCUUAACAAAUCUCAACUGCGUUGAUGCACGAUGAUUCCAAGCAGACAAGGGCUUCACUGUGUUCAGUCACUGUGCUCACAGACAGGAAUGUGAUUUAUUGUGAUUAUUAAUCUCUGGGAUGUAGAGAAACAACACAGAUUAAGAACAAACAAGGAACCAGCAGUGAUGUGAAGUGUUUGUGGAGUGUAGCAAAUAGACUAGAACAUGCAAAAACAUUGACAUGGUCAUUUAAGUGCUGGAAUAUGAAAAUGUGCGUGCCACUGCUGUGAUUUGAAAAUAUUCAGUUUCUUCUCAGAUAAUAGUCUAAGAAUGAAGUGUUGAUGGAAGCAGACGAUGACAAACCACUGAAGGAUGCACAAAGUUCUGUUUAAACUGAUGAAACAAUUUGAAUUUUGGUGCCAACAUGUAUUUAUUUCCUAUAUGUCCACGUCCUUGACAUGUAGCAUACUGGACAUCUCAUAUACACACUGACGGACUGAAGAGGGAUGCGUGUGCGUGUGCGUGUGCGUGUGCGUGUGCGUGUGCGUGUGUGUGUGUGUGUGUGUGUGUGUGUGUGGUAAUUAACUACCACGAGGAUCACAACUGUCAAUGACUGCAAAGAAUGUAAAGCUGUAUCAUAAUUAGUUUGCUAUUUCUGACAUGAAGUAUUAUUUUUAUGUGACUGUUUUUGUCUUUGUGUUUAUGGCAUCUGUUUCUGGCGUUUUAGUCAGAUGUGCUUAUUUAAAUAAAAAGAUUUGCACGGCA